CCCGUUUGAACAGCUCGUAAGUGCAUUGGACCUUAUUUCAAGAUCAUUCAUCAAAAUCAACAAAUAUCUAUGAAAGGUUGAUUUGAACCCAAAAAAGCAUACUUCCUCCUCCUCCAUUUUUGUCAACCUCGUUAAACCAAUAUUGUUAAAAGUUAUGUUAAAACGGGUUAUCCCGUGAACGAUAUCUGCUUCAAAGAUUAUCUCCUGUUAAGGUCAUUUCCAACGGGAAACCAUUCCAUUGAUAAUGUUCCAAUGUGAUCCUGAUUAUUGGUGAAUAAGUAUAAAUAAUAAUUGAAACCAAGAGAAAAGUAUCAGUUCAGUUUCAACCAUCUAACAAGUAAAGUAAAAACAACAACUACAGCUCCAAACCAAAGCUUUUUGACUUUAUCUCGUGCCUUAACAGUUGCAAUUUUUCAAAUUUUUGUUCCUAAAAGACUCAACAAAAACUCCAUCAAAAUGAACAUACGAUUGGUUCUUUUACUUGCUCUAUUCUCAAUGAUGUUUGUACAAGUUGCAAAAUGUCAGUCUGAAGAUUCCGACCAAAGUGAAUUAGAUGAUGCUGAGGAAAACUUCGAACCUGAUGAAGCUGAUGAAUCUCCAAUUGAAAGUCGAAACAAAAGAGAGAUUGGUUCAGAUCUAGAAGAAGCCGAAACAGCUGUGGGUGGUAAAGGAGGAGCAGCAGUGGUAGCCCACAAAGCUGGUAAGAAAGGUGCAGCAGCAGCAGGGUUCAAAGGAGGUAAAGCAGGCAAAGCUGGAUUCAAAGCAGGAGCUAAAGGAGCUAAAGGUGGUGCCGCAUUUGGAGCCGCUGGAGCCGCUGGAGGCAAAAAAGGUGCUGCAGUAAAGAAAGGAUUCGCUGCUGGAGCUUUCGGUAAGAAAUUCGGAAAGAAAGGAGGAUUCGCAAAGGCCGGUGGCGCUGGAUUCAACAAGAAAAUGGGAGUUGUCAAGAAGUUCGGAAUGAGCCAAGGAUUCAAAUUCGGUAAAGCUGCUGGUUAUGGUGCUGCUGGUGGAGCUAUGGGCGGUAAGGGUGCUAAAGGAGGAUUUGCUGGUGCUGCUGGUGCCGCUGGAUUCAAGAAGGGUGCUAAAGGAGGCAAGAAAGGAUUCGCCGCUGGAGCAGCUGCAAAGGCAGGAGGAAAAGCUGGAGUUGCUGGUGCUGCUGGAUUUAAGAAGGCCGCUGGUGCUGCUGGUGCCGCUGGAUUCAAGAAGGGUGCUAAAGGAGGCAAGAAAGGAUUCGCCGCUGGAGCAGCUGCAAAAGCAGGAGGAAAAGCUGGAGUUGCUGGUGCUGCAGGAUUUAAGAAGGCCGCUGGUGCUGCUGGUGUUGCUGGUGUUAAGAAGGGUGUCGCUGGUGGCAAAGGAUUGAUUGGUUAAUAAGUCAAAGCUCUAUAGUCAAAAUCAAAUUUUAUACUUCAACUAUCUGUGAUUAUUUUUUCAAUCGACACUAUUCUCAGUACACAAAUGAUUCCUCAGUUACAAAUAUUUUUAUUCAAUUGUCAUUUUUCAAAGUCUCGAUCAAGUUUUUUUUUGUUCAAAUAAUUUACUCUUUAUUUUUGCAAUAUUUUUUUACCGAUAAAUGUAGAAACAAAAGUUACACAAUGAAAUUAC